CUGGGUGGAGGGAAUCGAUUCCAGCCCCUUCUCUUGCCAGUGUAGCCGCGACGCUCCUGUCAGGCGGUUCGGUCCCUCUUGUUAUCCUCGCCCUUUUAUCUCUCCCCUCUCCCCGCCCCGCCGCUCCUCUCUGUGAUGCCGCUCUUCCCCGGCCUGGGAGCUCCGUGAUGGGGCUGGGCGGCCUCUACCCCGCUGGCUUCGUCGCCGCUCGUUGUCCCCCGCCAGGCUGCUGAUUUGACGGCGGCCCCGGUGUCGCCUCCGCCCUUGACUGCACUGAGAUAACUCCAGGAGAGAAAAGCUGUGGAAGUCCUUUGCUCAUAAUUUCUGGAGUACACGCAAGAGACCUGCAAAAUGUCAGGCGCUUCAGUCAAGGUGGCUGUCCGGGUCAGACCCUUUAAUUCCCGAGAGACCAGCAAAGAGUCCAAAUGCAUCAUACAAAUGCAAGGCAACUCAACCAGUAUUCUCAACCCAAAGAAUCCCAAGGAACCACCCAAAUCCUUCAGCUUUGACUACUCCUACUGGUCUCACACGUCGCCUGACGAUCCUUGCUUCGCAUCUCAGAAUCGUGUGUACAAUGAUAUUGGGAAGGAAAUGUUGCUGCAUGCCUUCGAGGGCUACAAUGUCUGUAUCUUUGCCUAUGGCCAAACUGGAGCUGGGAAAUCCUACACGAUGAUGGGGAAGCAGGAGGAGAAUCAGGCAGGGAUCAUACCACAGCUCUGCGAAGAGCUGUUUGAGAAGAUCAAUGACAACAGCAAUGAGGAAAUAUCUUACUCUGUGGAGGUCAGUUACAUGGAGAUCUACUGUGAGAGAGUCCGUGAUCUGCUGAACCCCAAGAACAAGGGGAAUCUGCGUGUCCGGGAGCACCCUCUGCUCGGGCCGUACGUGGAAGAUCUGUCGAAACUUGCUGUCACUUCUUACACUGAUAUUGCGGACCUCAUGGAUGCUGGGAACAAAGCUAGGACGGUGGCAGCUACCAACAUGAAUGAAACCAGCAGCCGUUCCCAUGCAGUCUUCACUAUUGUUUUCACACAGAAGAAGCAUGACCUUGAAACUGACCUUUCUACUGAGAAGGUUAGCAAAAUUAGCCUCGUGGAUCUUGCAGGGAGCGAGAGGGCAGACUCCACUGGUGCCAAAGGGACCCGAUUAAAGGAGGGAGCAAAUAUCAACAAGUCUCUCACCACCUUGGGAAAAGUCAUUUCAGCCUUAGCAGAAGUGGAUAACUGCACCAGCAAGAGUAAGAAGAAAAAGAAGACUGAUUUUAUUCCAUACAGGGAUUCUGUGCUGACGUGGCUGCUUCGGGAAAACCUGGGUGGCAACUCAAGAACGGCCAUGGUGGCUGCUCUGAGCCCAGCAGACAUAAACUACGAUGAAACACUAAGCACUUUAAGAUACGCUGAUCGGGCAAAGCAGAUCAAAUGCAAUGCUGUUAUCAACGAGGAUCCCAACGCCAAGCUGGUGCGGGAGUUGAAGGAGGAAGUGACACGGCUCAAGGACCUCCUCCGUGCUCAAGGGCUCGGAGACAUUAUUGACAUUGAUGCAUUGGACGAUUUCUCUGGAAGUGGAGGCAAAUAUCUGAAAGAUUUUCAGAACAAUAAACACAGAUACUUGCUAGCAUCAGAGAAUCAACGUCCUGGCCAUUUUUCCACAGCAUCCAUGGGCUCCCUCACUGCAUCCCCAUCUUCCUGCUCUCUCAGCAGUCAGGUGGGCUUAACGUCAGUCUCCAGUAUCCAAGAACGGAUCAUGUCUACGCCUGGAGGAGAGGAAGCCAUUGAACGUUUGAAGGAAUCUGAGAAGAUCAUUGCAGAGCUGAAUGAGACAUGGGAGGAGAAACUGCGGAAGACAGAGGCGAUUAGGAUGGAGAGAGAGGCUUUGCUGGCUGAGAUGGGAGUCGCCAUUCGAGAAGAUGGAGGAACCCUUGGUGUUUUCUCACCUAAAAAGACACCUCACCUUGUCAACCUCAACGAAGAUCCCCUCAUGUCAGAGUGCCUACUUUACUACAUCAAAGAUGGCAUAACCAGGGUUGGCCAGGCAGAUGCUGAACGCCGUCAAGACAUCGUUCUCAGCGGGGCUCACAUCAAAGAGGAGCAUUGUAUUUUCCGGAGCGAGAGAAACCAUAAUGGUGAUGUGAUUGUUACCCUGGAACCUGGUGAGCGGUCUGAAACCUAUGUCAAUGGCAAGAGAGUGGUGCAACCUGUCCAGCUGCGCUCAGGAAAUCGUAUUAUUAUGGGCAAAAACCACGUGUUCCGCUUCAACCAUCCUGAGCAAGCACGGGCUGAAAGGGAAAAGACUCCAUCAGCAGAGACUCCCUCAGAACCAGUAGAUUGGACUUUUGCUCAGAGGGAAUUGCUGGAGAAACAAGGAAUUGAUAUGAAACAGGAGAUGGAGAAAAGACUUCAAGAAAUGGAGAUUCUGUACAAGAAGGAAAAAGAGGAAGCAGAUCUCUUGUUGGAGCAGCAGAGGCUGGACUAUGAGAGUAAGCUCCAGGCCUUACAGAAGCAGGUGGAGACCCGGUCAUUGGCUGCUGAGACCACAGAGGAGGAGGAGGAGGAAGAGGAGGAGGUACCCUGGACUCAGCACGAGUAUGAACUAGCCCAAUGGGCUUUCCGGAAGUGGAAGUUCCAUCAGUUUACUUCCUUAAGAGAUCAGCUGUGGGGGAACGCAGUCUAUUUGAAAGAAGGCAAUGCAAUCAGCGUUGAGCUGAAAAAGAAGGUGCAGUUCCAGUUUGUCCUUCUGACCGACACGCUCUACUCCCCAUUGCCACCUGAAUUGCUGCCGCCUGAGUCGGAGAAGACCCGGGACAACCGCCCUUUCCCUCGGACAGUGGUGGCUGUGGAAGUUCAGGAUCUGAAGAAUGGUGCAACUCAUUACUGGUCCCUGGAAAAACUCAAGCAGAGACUGGAGCUGAUGCGAGAUAUGUAUGACCGAGCAGGAGAAAUGGCCUCCAACACACAGGAGGAUAGUGAGAGCACCAUGACUGGGAGCGACCCUUUCUACGAUCGAUUCCAUUGGUUCAAACUUGUUGGGAGUGUUCCGUCCACCAAUAUAUCUAGCUCCCCCAUUUUCCACGGCUGCGUGAACGAGCGCCUGGCUGACCGCACGCCCUCCCCCACUUUCUCCACGGCUGACUCCGACAUCACCGAACUGGCUGACGAGCAGCAAGAUGAGAUGGAGGACUUUGACGACGAGGCCUUUGUGGACGAUACAGGCUCUGACGCAGGGACUGAGGAGGGAUCGGACCUCUUCAGUGACGGGCAUGACCCGUUUUACGACCGCUCCCCCUGGUUCAUUUUAGUGGGAAGGGCCUUCGUCUACUUGAGCAAUCUUCUCUACCCAGUCCCACUCAUCCACAGAGUGGCCGUGGUCAGUGAGAAAGGGGAAGUGCGUGGAUUCCUGCGUGUGGCAGUCCAAGCUAUAGCUGCUGACGAAGAAGCCCCUGACUAUGGAUCUGGUGUUCGGCAGUCGGGCACCGCUAAAAUCUCAUUUGAUAAUGAGUAUUUUAACAAGAGCAACUUUACAUCGGUUGCGAUGACCCGCUCUGGGUUGUCCUUGGAGGAACUGCGAAUUGUAGAAGGUCAGGGCCAGAGUUCAGAGGUCAACACACCUCCUGAGGAAAUCAACAGAAUGAAUGACAUGGACCUGAAGUCUGGCUCGUUGCUGGAUGGCAAGAUGGCCAUGGAAGGCUUUACCGAAGAAGUUGGCGACCACCUAAAACUGGGCAGCGUCUUUACUUUCCGGGUGACAGUGCUGCAAGCCAAUGGCAUCCUCCCGGAAUAUGCAGACAUCUUCUGCCAAUUCAACUUUCUGCAUCGACAUGAUGAAGCAUUCUCUACUGAACCUCUCAAAAACAAUGGCCGAGGGGCCCCUCUUGGUUUUUAUCACGUCCAGAAUAUUUCUGUGGAAGUGACAGAAUCCUUUGUAGAAUACAUCAAGACGAAGCCUAUAGUAUUUGAAGUCUUUGGACAUUAUCAGCAACAUCCGCUCCAUCUUCAGGGACAGGAUCUCAACAGCCCCCGACAGCCAUCCCGCCGAUACUUCCCUCCCCCCAUGCCUCUCUCAAAACCAGUCCCAGCUACCAAGCUCAACACAGUGAGUAAGCCCAACUUGGGACAGAGCGUGACCAAAUAUGACCUCCUUGUCUGGUUUGAGAUCAGCGAGUUGGAGCCGACUGGAGAAUACAUUCCGGCUAUUGUUGACCACACUGGAGGUUUACCUUGCCAGGGGACGUUUUUGCUUCACCAGGGAAUCCAGCGCCGGAUCACAGUCACCAUCAUCCAUGAGAAAGGAAAUGAGCUACACUGGAAGGACGUGCGAGAGCUGGUGGUUGGGCGCAUCAGAAACAAAGCCGAAGUAGAUGAAGCUGCGGUGGAUGCGAUCCUGUCUCUGAAUAUCAUCUCUGCAAAAUACCUGAGAACUUCCCACAGCUCUAACAGGACUUUCUACCGUUUUGAGGCAGUCUGGGACAGUUCCCUCCAUAACUCCCUCCUUUUGAACCGGGUGACCCCCUAUGGAGAGAAGAUCUACAUGACCCUCUCAGCUUACCUGGAGCUGGACCACUGCAUCCAGCCAGCUGUUAUCACCAAGGAUGUCUGCAUGGUUUUCUACUCUCGAGAUGCCAAGAUUUCACCCCCUCGCUCAUUGCGCAGUCUCUUUGGCAGUGGCUAUUCCAAAUCCCCAGAUUCCAAUCGAGUCACUGGGAUCUAUGAGCUGAGCUUAUGCAAGAUGGCAGACACAGGAAGCCCAGGUAUGCAGAGGAGGAGAAGGAAAGUGCUGGACACUUCUGUGGCCUAUGUCCGUGGAGAAGAGAACCUGGCCGGGUGGAGGCCCCGUGGAGACAGCCUCAUCCUGGAGCACCAGUGGGAGCUGGAGAAGCUGGAGCUGUUGCACGAGGUCGAGAAGACUCGCCACUUCUUGCUGCUGCGGGAGAAGCUGGGUGACAGCAUCCCCAAGUCCCUGAGUGACUCGCUGUCCCCGAGCCUCAGCAGCGGGACCCUCAGCACCUCCACCAGCAUCUCCUCCCAGAUCUCCUCCACCACCUUUGAGAGUGCUGUCACGCCCAGCGAGAGCAGCGGCUACGACUCAGCAGACAUUGAGAGCCUGGUGGAUCGAGAGAAAGAGCUGGCCACCAAGUGCCUGCAACUUCUCACUCACACUUUCAACCGUGAAUUUAACCAGGUCUACAACAGCAUCAGUGAUUGUAAGCUGUCCGAUAUCUCUCCAAUUGGGCGGGACCCGUCGGUAUCAAGUUUCAGCAGUGCCACCCUCACGCCUUCCUCAACCUGCCCCUCCUUGUCUGAUUCAAGAUGCAACUCAGUGGAUCAAAAGACCCCAGAAGCAAAUUCUCGUGCCUCCAGCCCUGGCCCAGAGGGGGAGCCAUCCUUCCAGCUGAUCCCACCCAUUGAAGCCUCUUACCUGGCGAGAGCAGGCAAAAAUGAGUUCCUGAACCUUGUUCCAGAUAUUGAGGAAAUCAGGCCUGGCUCUGUGGUCUCCAAGAAAGGCUACCUGAACUUCAAGGAGCCGCUCUCCCCAUCGUGGGCCAAGCACUUUGUGGUGGUCCGGCGCCCCUAUGUCUUCAUUUACAACAGUGACAAGGACCCCAUUGAAAGAGGGAUUCUCAACCUCUCCACAGCUCAGGUGGAGUACAGUGAAGAUCAAGAGGCCAUGGUGAAGACACCUAACACCUUUGCCGUCUGCACGAGGCACCGUGGAGUCCUCCUCCAGGCCAUCAACGACAAAGAUAUGAAUGACUGGCUGUAUGCCUUCAACCCGCUUCUUGCUGGCACGAUACGGUCCAAACUUGCCCGAAGACGCUCAGGACAGCUGAAAUAUUGAGUCUCUGUGGGGUUCUCACCCAGUUCCCCAGCCCAAAUCUCUUAACACGCCUUCUGAUAUAGAUAAAGCGUUACCUCUCAUUUCUCUGUGA